GAUCUGUUUGGUGUGGUGUCAUUCGGCAGGCAGAACGACUAUAGAUCUCUCACCGCGAGAGAAGGACGGCGACAGAGGAGGCCCAGGGAGGCGGGCAAUCAGGAGAGGUGGUCCGACAAGAGACGGUAAGGACCGUGGAGGAGUUCAGCAGGGGCGUGAUAGUGCUCCCAGAUACUGUCCGACAUGGAGGGUGGCGAUGGGGCGGCCCUGGUCUCCUACAUCAUGGACGAGGAGACGCUGAAGAGGAAGCAGCGGGAGAAGCUGAAGAAGCUCCAGGCCACGGGCGGGAAUCCCCGCCCUGCACGCUCGCUGUUCUUCCUCACGCUGAAGAACCCCUUCCGCAAGGCCUGCAUCAGCAUCGUGGAGUGGAAACCCUUCGAGAUCAUCAUCCUGCUGACCAUCUUUGCCAACUGUGUGGCCCUGGCUGUGUUCCUGCCCAUGCCCGAGGAGGACACUAAUAACACCAACAGCAAUCUGGAGAGCCUGGAGUACAUUUUCCUGGUCAUCUUCACCCUGGAGUGUUUUUUGAAGAUCGUCGCCUACGGCCUGCUGUUCCAUGCUGACGCUUAUCUGCGCAACUGCUGGAAUAUACUGGAUUUUGUCAUAGUAUUCAUGGGGCUCUUCACCAUUAUCCUGGACACCAUCAACCACAUCAGUGGUGUGGAGGCCCCGGUAGGAGAGAAGGGCGGAGGCUUUGAUAUGAAGGCUUUGAGGGCAUUCCGUGUGCUGAGGCCCCUCCGGCUCGUCUCAGGCGUCCCCAGCCUGCAGGUGGUGAUGAACUCCAUCCUCAAGUCCAUGCUACCUCUGAUGCACAUUGCCCUGCUGGUGUUCUUUAUGGUCACCAUCUACGCCAUCGUUGGUCUGGAGCUCUUCAAGUGCAAGAUGCACAAGACCUGCUACUACACUGGCACAGACAUUAUUGCCACAGUGGAGGAUGAACUGGCAUCACCCUGUGCCCAGGCUGGCAACGGGCGGCGCUGCACCAUCAAUGGCUCUGAGUGCCGGGCAGGCUGGCCAGGGCCUAACAAUGGCAUCACGCACUUCGACAACCUGGGGUUUGCCAUGCUUACGGUGUACCAAUGCAUCACCAUGGAGGGCUGGACUGAGGUUCUCUACUGGGUAAAUGAUGCCAUAGGUAAUGAAUGGCCCUGGAUCUACUUCGUCACCCUUAUCCUGCUGGGCUCCUUCUUUAUACUCAACCUGGUUCUGGGCGUACUCAGCGGGGAGUUCACAAAGGAGCGGGAGAAGGCGAAGUCUAGGGGGGAGUUCCAGAAGCUGCGGGAAAAACAGCAGCUGGACGAGGACCUGAAAGGCUACAUGGACUGGAUCACCCAGGCAGAAGUCAUUGAUAAUGACCAGGAGGGACAAGGACUCCUGCCUCUGGAUGAAGGUGGUUCAGAUACUGAGAGCUUGUAUGACAUAGAGGGUCUGAACCGUCUACGCUUCUACUUCCGUCACUGGCGCCGCUGGAACCGCUUCUUCCGGAGGAAAUGUCGUGUCUGGGUCAAGUCUCGGCUGUUUUACUGGGUGGUGAUCCUGCUGGUGUUCCUCAACACUCUGGCCAUUGCCACCGAGCACCACCAACAGCCCGAGGGGCUCACCAGCCUGCAAGACAACGCCAACAAGGUGCUGCUGUUGCUGUUUGCACUGGAGAUGUGCCUGAAGAUGUAUGCCCUGGGGCUGCCCUCGUACUUCAUAUCUCUGUUCAAUCGCUUUGAUUGCUUUGUGGUUACUGUGGGCAUCCUGGAGCUGGUGCUGGUGCGGAUGGAUGUGGUGUCAGUGCUUGGUAUCUCCGUGCUGCGCUGCAUCCGCCUCCUACGGUUACUCAAGGUCACAAAGUACUGGACAGGCCUCAGCAACCUUGUGGCCUCCCUACUGAACUCUGUGCGCUCCAUCGCCUGCCUGCUCUUGCUGCUUUUCCUCUUCAUUGUCAUCUUCUCCCUGCUGGGCAUGCAGGUGUUUGGGGGCAAGUUUAACUUCCCUGACCAGGAGGUGCAGCGUAGUACCUUUGACAGCUUCCCCCAAGCUCUCAUCAGUGUUUUCCAGAUCCUCACAGGCGAGGACUGGGACACUGUGAUGUACAAUGGCAUCAUGUCUUAUGGAGGACCAGUCUUCCCUGGAAUACUGGUCAGCAUCUACUUCAUCAUCCUCUUCAUCUGCGGCAACUACAUAUUGCUGAAUGUGUUCCUGGCCAUUGCUGUGGACAACCUGGCUGAGGCAGAGAGUCUGACAUUGGCGCAGAAAGAGAAAACGGAGGAGAAGAUGCGCAAGAAGUUGCUGAGCGCCAGCAACCCUGACAAGGCAGAGGAAGAGAAAACCUUGAUGGCUAAGAAGCUGGCAGAGCAGAGAGCUAAGAUAGACGGUAUCCCCACCACAGCCAAGCUAAAAGUGGAUGAGUUUGAGUCAAACGUCAACGAAAUCAAGGACCCAUUCCCACCAGCAGAUUUUCCCGGGGAUGAUGAGGAGGAAGAUCCAGAGAUCCCAGUGAGCCCCAGACCCCGGCCCAUGGCGGAUCUGCAGCUGAAAGAGAAGGCUGUACCCAUGCCUGAGGCCAGCUCCUUCUUUAUCUUCGGCCCUCAGAACAAGUUCCGCAAACUGUGCCACCGGAUCAUCAACGCCACCACCUUCACCAAUAUCAUCCUUCUCUUCAUCCUCCUCAGCAGCAUCUCUUUGGCGGCCGAAGACCCCAUUGACCCCGAAUCCUUCAGAAACCAGGUCCUGGCCUAUGCUGACAUCGUCUUUACCUCGGUGUUCACCGCUGAGAUUGUGCUCAAGAUGACCACGUACGGUGCAAUCCUUCACAAGGGAUCCUUUUGCCGGAACUCCUUCAACAUCCUGGACCUGAUCGUUGUGGGUGUGUCCCUGCUCUCCAUGGGAAUGGAGUCCAGCGCCAUCUCAGUAGUAAAGAUCCUGAGGGUGCUGAGGGUGCUGAGGCCCCUGAGAGCCAUCAAUCGAGCCAAGGGCCUCAAGCACGUGGUCCAGUGUGUGUUUGUGGCCAUCAAGACCAUCGGCAACAUUGUCCUGGUGACCAUGCUGCUGGACUUUAUGUUUGCCUGCAUCGGUGUCCAGCUCUUCAAGGGUACAUUUCACAGGUGCACAGACCCCUCCAAAAUGACAGAAGCAGAGUGCAAGGGAACUUACAUCAAGUACCAGGAACAUGCCCUCCACGAGAUGGAGGUGCGGCAGCGAGAGUGGAUGAACAGCGACCUGAACUUCGACAGCGUGCUGAAUGGCAUGUUGGCGCUCUUCACCGUGUCUACGUUUGAGGGAUGGCCUAAACUGCUCUACAAGGCCAUCGACUCCCAAGCUGAAAACAUGGGCCCCAUCUACAACAACCGUGUGGAGAUAUCCAUCUUUUUCAUUGUCUACCUCAUCCUCAUCGCCUUCUUCAUGAUGAAUAUCUUCGUGGGCUUUGUCAUCGUCACCUUCCAGGAGCAGGGUGAGCAGGAGUACAAGAACUGCGAAUUGGACAAGAAUCAGCGCCAAUGUGUCCAGUAUGCUCUCAAAGCCUGCCCCCUACGCUGCUACAUCCCCCAGGACACCUACCAGUACUGGGUGUGGUACAUCGUGACUUCCUGUUACUUUGAGUACCUCAUGUUCCUGCUCAUCAUGCUGAACACCCUCUGUUUGGGCAUGCAGCACUGUGACCAGUCUGACCACAUCACCCACCUGUCAGACAUGCUUAAUGUGAUCUUCACCGUACUCUUCACUGCGGAGAUGAUCCUCAAGUUGCUGGCCUUCAAGGCUAAGGGAUACUUCGGAGAUCCCUGGAACGUGUUUGACUUCCUGAUUGUCAUUGGCAGCGUUGUGGACGUCAUUCUCAGUGAGAUUGAUACUGCCCUUGCAUCCAGCGGCGGACUCUACUGUCUCCAUGGUUGCGCGGAGGUGAACCCAAUGCAAGCUAUUGCAGACUCGGAAAAUGCCCGGGUCUCCAUCACCUUCUUCCGGCUGUUUCGUGUGAUGCGCCUGGUGAAGCUGCUGAACCGGUCAGAGGGCAUCCGCAACCUGCUGUGGACCUUCAUCAAGUCCUUCCAGGCCCUUCCCUAUGUAGCUCUGCUCAUUGUGAUGCUGUUUUUCAUCUACGCCGUCAUUGGGAUGCAGGUUUUUGGUAAGAUUGCUCUGGUGGACGGCACACAAAUCAACCGCAACAACAACUUCCAGACGUUCCCGCAGGCAGUGCUGUUGCUGUUUAGGUGUGCCACAGGUGAAGCGUGGCAGGAGAUCAUGCUGGCAUGUAUGUACGGCAAGCUGUGUGACCCCAAAUCAGAUUACCAGCCCGGGGAGGAAUACACGUGCGGGGCCAGCUUUGCCGUGGUUUACUUCAUGAGCUUCUACAUGCUCUGUGCCUUCCUGAUCAUCAACCUAUUCGUGGCAGUCAUCAUGGACAACUUCGACUAUCUGACACGCGAUUGGUCAAUCCUCGGUCCUCACCACCUGGAUGAGUUUAAGAAAAUCUGGGCAGAGUAUGACCCUGAAGCCACGGGGCGAAUCAAGCAUCUGGAUGUGGUGACUCUGCUGCGCAGGAUCCAACCCCCACUGGGCUUCGGAAAGUUCUGCCCUCACCGUGUCGCGUGCAAGCGCCUGGUCUCCAUGAACAUGCCGAUGAACAGCGACGGCACUGUCACCUUCAACGCCACCCUGUUUUCCCUGGUGAGAACGGCCCUCAAGAUCAAAACCGAGGGUAACUUUCAGCAGGCCAACGAGGAGUUGCGAGCCAUCAUCAAGAAGAUCUGGAAGCGCACCAGCAUGAAGCUGCUGGACCAGGUUAUCCCUUCAGUUGGAGACGACGAAGUGACCGUGGGAAAGUUCUAUGCCACGUUCCUGAUCCAAGACCAAUUCCGCAAGUACAUAAAGAGACGAGAAGAGUAUUACGGGUAUCGGCCCACCAAGAAGAAGAACGCCAUGGAGAUUCAGGCAGGUCUUCGCAGUAUGGAGGAGGAGGCUCUACCAGAACUGCAGCGUGCAAUCUCGGGGGACCUGAUGGCUGGGGAGGACACUGACCAGGGACUGGAUGAAUCUAUGGAGGAUGCAAUCUUCAGGCGAUCAGGGGGCCUGUUUGGGAACCAUGUGGACCCUUUCACCCUGGAGAGGAACACCCCCCUGCCCACACAGGUCACCAGCCAUCGGCCCCUGCAAGUAUCUGACCACCGGCUAGAAGAGGGGGAUCUGUCACCUGACACCGUAUUCCUGCACAGCCCCCAGUUCUUUCCCAGGAUGCCCAAGAAGGCUAACACCACCACCACCACCAUCACCACCACCACCACCAACAACAACAACAACAACAACAACAACAACAAUAUGAACAACAGGACAGUGUUUCCCUGUGAAUGGGAGGCGGGGCCACAGUUCCAGCCAAUCAAGGACACCCACAGCCUUUUAAAAGAAAAUAAACUACAAGUUUCAAUGGGUCUCCCAGGGUCUGAGCCUGAACAGGAACGCAGCAGAGCAGGAAACCAUCAGGGCAUCAGCGCAAAGGCCGUGAGCUCUGAGAUCCCACGCCAUUGCAUUCAGCACAGGUGGGCACACUCAAACUCCCAGCAUGCCACGGGGCAGCAAUCAGUCAGGUUGGCAUACUCAAACUCCCAGCAUGCCAUGGGGCUGCAAUCAGUGUUUGCCAUAGACCAGCUUAUCCAGAAGGUACUGGACGGUGGUGGUCUAAGCAUUCUGGCUCAGGACUCCCAGUUUGUGUCAGUGGUGAAGCAGGAGAUGGCAGAGGCCUUGGGCUUCGAGCAGGAUGACAUGGAGACCGCAGCCAGAGCACUUCUCCAGAGCCAGAGUGACCACUGCUUUGACCUUGCUGAAGCAGAGCCAGCCACAGAUUGUAGCUUUGUGUAGGCCCCGUCACCAUGACGAUGUGACUUUUUACUGUGACAUCACACCAUAGUGUGGUUUUAUGGGUGAGCUCACCCUGCGUGCUAGAUCUAGAGUGUCUGCCUAGAGUGUCAUUGACGGCGAUAACCCUGUUUCAGUAUGUUUUUCAUAGUUGCAAUUAAGCACUAGAAAGAGACUGUCAUUGAUAAAAAUCAGGAAUGACGCCUUCUUAUAAUCCCAGGUUUAUUGAUCAAAGAAAAUACUGCUGUGAACUAUUUCCCUUAAUGUUGAAUUAUUAUUUUCAGUUGCAGAUAACAGCCUGUUAUCCGGGCUUUUUUUAAAUUAUUUUAUAAGCAUUAAUGGUGGUUUCGCGUUGCCAGUCACUCCUGUGCAUCGGGUGCUGAUGAGGACGGUGUGUACAAUCCUGAGCCAAAUUCUGCUAUGGUUUAGACCUCACUAAAAGCAGAGAUCCUCAGUCGUAAUCCUGUUUAAAGGGCACUACGUUUCUGGUGUGCACAGUGAAGAUCCAGAUCUCAGACUCAGGACUGUAGCAGGAGUGAUAUGGCGGUUAGGGGAAGAGUCUCAUUUGCACUUCCAAGAACUAUACAGUUCUGUUGAAAGCUGAGAAUCCAGAAUCGUGACCUCAGUAUAAACUGACUAUAUCUUAGUCUGUACUGUAGGUUUAAGCUAACCUCUAUAUUAUGUUUCUGAUUCUUGUCCUAAGGAGUUAGCAUCCUGGGCAGGGCAGUGGGAUGCAUGUGUAUGUUAUGAAUUCUUUACUAUUAUUUAUUACUUUAUUCUGUGUUAUUUUUCAAAAUGUUGUUACAGCUUUUUGAAUUCCCACUCAUCGCUCUGGUGAGCUGCAAAGUAAAAUAUGCCUUCCGGUUAAGUUACAUUACUGGUUGUGUUUAUUCAGGAAUGGCCAAAGUACAGUCACACCCUGGUUACAUUUUAACUGCAAUACACAUCAUUUUGUAACUAAGAAUGCAAUCAUAUUUUGAACUUGUUGUGAAACACCAUACGAUUGAUCAUAGUUAGGCCUAAUUAUUUUAUAUUUGACAUAUUAAAAAAAAUGUUUAGAUUUUCUUGUGUUUUAAAUGUUAUAAAUAAAAAAU